GAUAAAGCAUUUGAGCGAUUAUGUUCGCGCGUAUAGUAGGCCGAGGCGUCUGAUAUCCGAUCGCAGUACAUGUUUCACCUCUGAAGUGUUUAAAGAAUUUGUAAGAUCCGAAACAAUAGAGCAUGUCCUGGUAGCCGUAAGCACGCCCAGGGCGAAUGGGCAAGUCGAGCGAUACAAUAGAAUGAUCACUCCUAUGCUCGCGAAGUUGUGUGAGGUACCGUCUAGGUGGGACCGUGUGCUAGACAAGAUCGAGUUUUCGAUAAAUAACACUGUGUGUCGCGUGACCGGCGAGACCCCGACACGUUUGUUAUUUGGUAUAGAACAGCGAGGUCCCGCGAACGACUCGCUUCGAGAAAUAAUUGAAGAAAAUGUUCAUAUCGAGCGAAAUUUGGACGCACUCAGAGAAAAGGCGAGUAGAAAAAUUAACGAGGAGCAACGCAAAGGCACCGAACGUUAUAAUUUAAGAAGAAAGGCGGCGCGCAAAUACAAAGUUGGUGAGUAUGUCGAGAUCCGUAACGUCGAAACGGCGGCCGGAAUUAAUAAAAAAUUGAUACCGAAGUACAAAGGCCCCUAUAUGAUAAAGAAAGUCUUAGAUCACGAUCGUUACGUGGUGGUCGACGUUGAAGGCUUUCAAUUGACACAGCGACCGUAUGCGGGAGUAUUAGCGCCGGACCAGAUGCGCCCUUACAUUCAUUCUUAAGCGGUAUAAAUGUUA